ACGUCAGCUUCCGGUUCCUGGGUUGUCCACGCGGGAAGUUUCCAGAAUCUCGUAGAAUAUUCGCCGACUUUCCCGAAGAGAGACAGAGGGGGAAAAAAAUCACACAAGAGCCUGCAGGCAUGGGGAUUUUAGAGAAAAUCUCGGAAAUCGAAAAAGAGAUUUCGCGGACCCAGAAAAACAAAGCUACUGAAUACCAUCUGGGCUUAUUAAAGGCCAAACUUGCUAAGUACAGAGCACAGCUCUUGGAGCCCUCAAAGGCUGCAGGAUCAAAGGGGGAGGGCUUUGAUGUGAUGAAGUCAGGAGAUGCCAGGGUAGCAUUAAUUGGAUUUCCUUCUGUGGGUAAGUCGACAUUCUUGAGUUUGAUGACUUCCACUGCAAGUGAAGCAGCUUCAUAUGAAUUCACAACCCUUACCUGUAUCCCAGGAGUCAUAGAGCAUAAAGGAGCUAACAUUCAGCUUUUGGAUCUGCCGGGUAUCAUUGAAGGAGCAGCUCAAGGUAAGGGUCGUGGUCGACAGGUGAUUGCAGUUGCUCGAACAGCAGAUGUUGUAAUAAUGAUGCUGGAUGCAACAAAGGGUGAUGUGCAGAGAAAUUUACUGGAAAAGGAGUUGGAGUCUGUAGGAAUACGAUUAAACAAGCCUAAACCCAAUAUUUAUUUCAAGCCAAAGAAAGGCGGUGGGAUCUCUUUCAACUCAACAGUUACAUUGACACAGUGUUCUGAAAAAUUAGUACAGCUCAUCUUGCAUGAAUACAAAAUCUUUAAUGCUGAAGUUCUCUUCAGGGAAGAUGCAUCUCCUGACCAAUUUAUAGAUGUGGUAGUUGGAAACCGUGUCCACAUGCCUUGUCUUUAUGUUUAUAAUAAAAUUGACCAGAUCUCCUUGGAGGAGGUGGACCGUUUGGCCAGGCAGUCACACAGUAUAGUGAUUAGCUGUGAAAUGAAGCUGAAUUUGGACUGCCUGCUUGAUACGCUGUGGGACUACCUUGCACUAAUCUGCAUCUACACAAAAAAGAGAGGAGAAAGACCAGAUUUUUCAGGCGCUAUAAUUAUGAGAAGAUCAGCUUCGGUUGAACAUGUGUGCCAUCGAAUUCAUCGCACUUUAGCAAGCCAGUUCAAAUAUGCACUUGUAUGGGGAACAAGUACAAAGUAUAGUCCUCAACGAGUGGGGCUGACUCACAUAAUGGAACAUGAAGACGUAAUCCAAAUUGUCAAGAAGUAAAUAGUGAUCAAUGUUGCACAAUGAGCUGCAGUAUAUCACCAACCUUCCCUUUUGCUUGCACAACAGGCAAUAUGAAAAUGGACUACUUAAAAAUUGUAAUGAAAACAUUGUGUUAAACUGUCAACAGAAAUGGUUUGCUCUGGCAGCCCUUUCUUAUCAGAUAUACAUGGAUUCCGGUAUUCUAACAAUUGACUGUUAAAACGAAAGCAUGUGCAGGCUGUAAAGGCCUAUACUAGACUUCAUGGCCCGUACUCAAAUUGUAGCACCCCUUUACUUGCAACCUCUAUCAGUUUAUAACUGUAGUACUUCUGUAUUGCAGAAGACUCUUGACAGUAUUUCCAUUUUUAAUCUACUGGCUUUCCAAACAAUUUUGCUUCCUUAUAGAACUGCAAAAAUAUCCAACUAAUGUGCGAACUACAAUAAUUCAAAUUUUUAUAUGUUCUAAUGAAGGUGAGAUCCAGUUGUUUGGGCAACAGCUUUAAUCAGGUGCUUUAGUUAAUUUGGUAUUCUCUUUCCUCAUAAUUACAGAUCAGAGCUUGCAUCUUCCUAUACCAAUACACAAAACAAAAAAGCAUUUGUACAGUUGGUUCCUUUUUUGUUUUUUUUCCUAUUCCCCCCCCCCCCAUAGUUUAUAUAAAAAGAGGUAUAAUCCUUAAUUUUCUUUUUUCCUGUAAGUUGUUGACACUGGCACUUUGAUACUUAAGACAUUCAUUGUGAGAUGAGGGAGUGAAUAUCAGCGUGAUGUUCAAACAAUGGAGGAUUUCAUUGCCAAGUCUAUACCAUAAUCCUUGCAAGAGAAAAAGCUGCACUUUUCCAGGAAAUCUCUGGAUAAUAAGCAAUGUGGUUUGCCUGCCACUCAGUUGGUGCCCUGGCAUCAAUUUAAAAGCUGCAUGAGCUUGACAGCUGGCCAAAGGAGAAAAAAUAAGAGCUGUGCACAGAGUUUUUGGUUCUUUCUAUCACAGCUUUUCUUUUGAAUGGCAUCACUAUAAGUGCACGACAGCAUUUGAUACUAAAUAGGUCGAUUAAACUUAUGGUUCUCUUAAUUAUUUGGUAAGUUUGAAAACUUUCUAAUUCGGUAUGGAUCACUGGAGUAGCAAUAUAUUGGGCUUGCUGUAGAACUUGGAGAAUUCUAUUGUCAGAAGGUUGUUGUCGCAUUCACAAAUAUCCAGAAAAUUGAUGAUCCACAUUUUGAAGAAAAACUAAUAGAAAUAAAUGUGUUCACCAGAGAGAAGAAUGAGAAGAGAUUUUACGCAAAUCAGAAGCAUAAAUAAUGUUGAUGUGAGUUGGAUAUUUAACAUUGACUUUGAAUAAACAACCACAGGACUUCUGUUCAGAAUCAGCAUACCCAAAGUAUGUUUUAAGCAGUUGAGUUGAUCAUCUUGCAAAAACAAAUGAAUAAAUUUUGUUAGGAAUGAGAUGAAGUAUUAAAGGUUUGGCGAUGUAAGUAAACCAGAAUGUUACAAAGUUGGAAUUGCUUGUUUCUGUGAUUAAAAGGUAGACUGUCAAUUUGGUCAUCUCAAAGUAGUAUCCUUUGUUGUUUUGUUUGUUAAAUUAUGAAAAUUGUGUUUAUCUGUAAACUGGUUUGUGAAAUAGGCUGCGGUACAUUGUGAGGCACUCCAAACAGAAGAUAAACUUGAAGUCUUCUGCUACAGCUACGAAUAUUGAGGGGGUCAUCUGAUGGGAAUGUUCGAGAUUGCAAAUAUCAUUGAGAAAUGUUUUUUACAUACCUACAGUACCUUUUAUGAUACAUGUCAGAUUGCUUCAUAGUCAUUGAAAGCUUUUAGAUGUUUAGUCACUGCUGUAGUUCAGGAAAAUGUGCACAUUUAAAUUUUAUUUGUGCACAUCAACAGAACAAAUGAGCAGGUAAUCUAUAUUUUCAAUAUUGUUUGGUUGAGCUAUGAAUACAGCUCGCUAGGUAACUGAAAAUGUUAGUUUCUCUCAGUCAUUCUUCUCUUAUCCAAAUUGAAUUGUUUUUUUUAUGGUUUUAUUUAGGCGAGGCUUUGGUCCAAAGGUAUAUUAGUGGACAGUUUGU